GGCCCUGGGGACAGGGAACAGCCAGGAACGGUCCUGGGGCAGUUCUGGGGACAGGGAACAGCCCCGGGGCAGUGCCAGGGGGAGGCAGGGCUGUUACUCCAGGGAUGUGCUGGGCACAGGAGCUGUCCCAUGCCUGUGGCAUGGUGGAGCUGCAGCUGAGCCUCCAGCAGGGCAGGCACUGCUGGGUUCUGAUCCAGAGCAGGUUUAGACCGCUCCCGUGAGCUGUUUUAAGAGAUAAAAACACUCCUGUUUGCAUCCAGAUCCAAGGGACUCACUGCUGGAGCUGCAGCCUCUGGACCAUCAGCUGGAACUGGGCAGGAGAGAUGGCUGAAAGCUCCCAGGCCCACAGAAACAGCACCCAGCAAACAGGAUUUCCAAAAUCCUGCUACAUUCCUUUAGCAUCCUGCUUACAAGAGGUUUGAAAACACAUCCGGAGCAUCUGCUGAGUACAGCAGGCUGGAGAGGUCGCAGGGGUGCCCAGACUGUGCUGGAUGCUGGAGCAGGAUCCCUCGCCCUGCCAGGAGCUGAUUCUGGCCGUGGCACGGGAAAUGCCGCUGUGGCGAGCGGCUGCUGCCACCGGCUGGUCCCUGCCCUGCACUGCGGCUGCACGGAGCCGCUCCCGUCCUGUCCUCAUUCCCCCGGCCUCUGCUCUGUCCCUGCUCACAUCACUCACCCAGGUCGCUUCCAGACUCUGAUUCACAGCUGAGAGCCAAGGGAAGCGCAGAACCCAGAGAGAAAAACGCCUGUAAUUAGGACCUUGUAUCCUUUUCUGCUGGAAUAUUUUUAACACCCUUCUCCCUCUCCUUUUUUUGUUCGUGCAGGUGCUCUUUCCCACAGGAUUUUUGGGGCAGGGCCGUUCCCGACGCUGAGCUCUGGAUUCAAAUGGGGCUUGUGGGCUGCAGCUCUUUUGAAGGCUUUGCUCUGUCACAAGGUGAGCUGCGUCGUGACAGGAACAGGCUUUUUAAAGCUGUUUGCUUUGAGCUCUCUUGGCACAUUCAGGCGAGGCUUUUUCUCUGCUUUUCGAAAAAAACUAUAUUUAAAGUGCCGGGACCAUUUUUACCGCUGUGCUUUAAUAGGAUUUGCAGCUGUGAAUGUGCUUUAAAAGCGUUUACAGCUGGGUUGAAGUGUCCCCUCGUUUAAAAUAACGUCACAUUUUCAUGAUGCAGGAGAAUGUGCCUCCCUCCAGUUGCUUUGUGAGUGCUGGAGAGCACAAGGGGAAUAGGAACAACCCCAAAACUUUUAUUUGUGGUUAAAUAGGAAGCAUAACCCUGUGGUUGGGGAUUGGAGUUGUUAGUGAGCCAGUCUGGAUCUUGGUUUUUGCCUUGCUGAUGAUUUGCUCUCUGCCCUCUUGUGCAGUUCCAGCCUGGCAGGUUUUUUUUCUCCACAAUAGCAAUAGGGAAAUCUCAGAUUUUAGGUUGUGGAGCGAUCAGUGUGGGGAUCUCUGUGUGUUACAAAGUGCUGGAGCAGAGAGAAGGGCAGGAUGUGGUGUCACUGGGGCCUGGAGAGAGCUGUGGGCUGUGUUUCUCAAGCUGAAAAUCAGUUGGUGGCUGGGGAACCAACGGAAGAAAUUUUUUAUCUUAAAAAGCUGCACGGCAGAUCCUGCCCACCUCCCAUGGCUCAGGGCCAGGGGUUCAGAGCUGGGCCACCACGGCACCCAGGACAUGUAGACACUGACCUGGGGAGGCUCCACAAAGAGCUUUAAAUCCCUCAGGCAAGGUGUGCAGGGAGGAGGUGGACUUGGCAUGUGCAGUGUGCCUGGCAGGCAGGUGCCAGGACGGCAAAACACUGGAAAAUUGGAGGUGGUGAGGGUGGAAUGGCACAGAUUUUGUGUCCUGCCUGUGCCAGGCGAAGCUGUGUGCCUGAGUUCCACCCUGCUCUGGCAGAGCUGGUGCCAUGGAGCCAGCUGAGUAAAUCCAUUCUUGCCUUCCCAGGGGCAAACAUGGAGCAGGAGAGAGGAGGGAGCUCCUGGCAGCCCCACUCAGCAAACCCCUGCCUACAUGGGGUUUACACUCAAGAGUCCACAUGAAUUCUGUCUCCAUUCCAGAAAAAAAGAGGCAUAAAUGCCAUUCAGUGCAUUGGGACUGGAUGUGUGUGAGGAUGCUUGGCACAGCCCUGGCUCCAGCUGCUGGAGCAGCCUCUCUGCUCCAGGGAUUUUCUCCAGUCUGGUGAGGAGUGGGGUCAGAGAACACACUGUAACCUCUCUCCCUCAGUGUCUUGGACAACGUUAAGAAAUCAGGUUUUUUUUUUUUUUUUUUUAAUAGGAACAAUAUCAAAGUGGUCUUUGCAUCAUCUCCCAGACCUAUGAUCUCUUCCAUAAGCGAUUUUCUUGUUCACAGAGACUUGCACCCUUUCAAAUCCCUGACAAAAUUCACAAAUGAGGCUGAAGCAAAAAAUCCCUUUCUUUGUCCUCUGUCUUUACCAACACAGGUUUCCCAAACUGGAAGGAGAAUUCCCCUGGCAUUGGUGAGCUCCUGAGGCAGUUCCCGAGUGUGGGAUGGAGCUGUGGAGCAGGGCAGACCCCCAGCUCCGGGAGGUUGUGUGGUUUUCCCUGCGCUGCCGGGCCCUGGCACUGCUGCUGCAGGCCGUGUUUAACCUGCUGAUCCCGGACCACGCUGCCGACGCCUUCUCCCCUCCUCGCCUGGGUGCUCGGAGCCCUUGGGAUGAGCUGCUGGAGCGGCUGCUGGGCCUGGCUCAGGGCGUUCCUGAGCCUCUGCUGCAGCUGGCACGGGACAAGGGCUAUCGUGUGGCAGGCAUGGAUGGGGCCGAACCCCCUUGGUGCUCCCAGCGCUUCCCUGUGGUCUAUUCCUAUAUCCAGGACACUUACUGGAAUGUGGGCUUCCUGAGGUACUUUGAGCUCAGACAGAUCCCAAAUUUCUUGCUUGCUCUGCCUGUCACCCUUCUGGGCUUGUGGGCUUCCUGGGCCUACGUCAGCACAAACCCCUGGCACUGCCUGACUCUUGGUCUAGAGAGGAGUAAGAGUGAAGAGAGGGGAAAGGCGAGUGAUGGAUUCUGUGGCCCCGCUGCCUUCGUGUACGUGGUCCACGGCACAGCCCUGCUGGUGUUCGGAUUCUCCUGCAUGCACGUGCAGGUGCUGACCCGGUUCCUUGGCUCCUCCUCUCCCAUCCUGUACUGGUUCUCAGCUCACCUGCUUCAGGAACACGAACCUUUGCUCUGGAGCACAGGGACUGAUAACCCAAAAUCUGGGAAGCCUCUUCUUGGUAAAUCUCCCCGUUCCUGUGGGAAGGGGACAUCGGAUAACCCCGUUGUGAGGCUGCUGCUGAACUGGCGAUUGAUUACCCCCCUCAGCAAGAGCAUCCUGGGGUUCUUCCUGGGCUACUGGCUGCUGGGGCUGAUCCUGCACUGCAACUUCUUCCCAUGGACAUAG